AUGAAGGUUGAGAUCAUCUCCAGAGAAAUGAUAAAGCCAUCAUCUCCAACUCCUAUUCAUCUUAAAGACUUUAAAAUAUGUCUUCUGGAUGAGUUAGCUCCUCCAUCUUAUGCCCCAAUCCUUCUUCUUUAUUCUUCAACUGAUUUUGUUAAUGAAAAUUGCUUCUCUGCAGUAGCAGACAAGUUAAAGAAGUCACUGUCUCAAACUCUUGUUCACUUCUACCCUUUUUCUGGUAAACUGAAAGAAAACCUGAAUUCUAUUGAUUGUAAUGACGAAGGUGCUCUCUUUCUUGAGGCUAAAGUUAAUGUUGCGCUCUCAAAGAUUGUCAAGAACCCAGAAACUAAUAUGCUGUGUCAACUUUUCCCUUUUGAUCCUUACGAUGCCGCGGUUGAUGGGGAAAUUAGAGUAACCACUGGUGUUCAAGUCAAUGUUUUUGAGUGUGGUGGUGUUGGAAUUGGUGUGUGCGUUUCUCACAAAAUUGCUGAUGGUGCAACCAUGGCUUCUUUUAUCAGUUCUUGGGCUUCAUCAGCAACUGCAACUGGUAGUGAUGAUGAUCAUCAAGCUUUUUCUUCUCCUCGGCUCGAUUCGGCUAUGAUAUUCCCACCUAAGGGUAUGGAUAUGAUGAAACAUUGUAAUAUGGUUAUUAGAAAUGAGAAAAUAAUGACUAAGAGAUUCGAAUUUGAUUGGAAAAAGUUGGCUAAUCUAAAAGCCAAUAUUGAUGCAAAUGGCGUUAGUGAGAAGAUAAACCCUACGCGUGUGGAAGCUGUGACAGCACUUAUUUGGAGAUCAGCAAUGGAAGUGAAAAGAUCAAUAUCAGAGCAAGAUACAAUCCCAUGUUCUAUUGCUACGCAUUUAGUGAACAUAAGGGAAAGAAUGCGUCCACCAUUGCCAGGGCACUCCAUAGGUAAUCUUUGGCGGCUAGCUGUAGCACCAUAUCUCGAAUUCAAGAAAGACGUGAAACUACAGGAAUUAGUGGGUCUUAUUCGAGAAUCAAUACGCAGAAUUGACAAUGAUUACGUGACUGAAUUGCAAGGAGAAGAUGGGUUUGAAAAGGGUAUAGAACCACUUAGAGAACUAAGAGAACUAGCUUUAUUAGGAGGAGAAGGAGUUGAAGUUUAUACCUUUAGUAGUUUGGCAAGAUUUCCAUUUUAUGAGAUCGACUUUGGAUUGGGAAAGCCAGUAAAAGUUUGUACAAUAACAAUGCCUAUUAGGAACUGUGUUACUUUGAUAGACACAAGAUUUGGCGAUGGAAUAGAGGCAUGGGUUACCCUCACUGAAAAUGAUAUGGCCAAGUUUGAAUGCAGUCAAGAGCUUCUCCAGUUUGUUUCAGCUGCUACUUGAUGCUGAAUGCUGCAUGCUGCAUGCUGAUCAUGCCUUCAAAUGAAUAUGCCACUAUAUAUGUUUGUGUUCUUUUGGUUCAUUGAUAUUUUUCAUAAAAGAAAGCUUUUACUAUGUCAUUAAAAUCGGAGGUAACCUAAACAAAAUCUUGAAUUAAACUCUGUAUUGAUCACUUGCAAGCCACUUUGAAGAAUACUAUAACUAUUUUAGAGCUUUAAUUGGGCUUCUGUAAACUUCUUUAAUUGCAAAGGGCUUUACGUUUUUUAAGCAUUCCAUAUAACUUUGAAAAGAAUAAUAAGAAUACCUAUAUUUUUUUUAUAUAAAAAAUACUGUACUAUAUUUAUUUAAUGUUUACUGUAUGAAAAUAUAAAAGAUAUAGUCUUCUAAUCUUU